AGAUAUAGCCUGAAAGAAGCUAAGUUGGCAACACCGCUAGAAUUAGGUUUAACACAAUUUUGUUUAAAAGAGUCAAUUUAAAGCAAAAUCCAAAUUCGCCAUGUACGACCAAUUUUGUUGAUCAUUGAUACCAAUCCAAGGAGUGUGUGCCUCCAGGAGAAGCUGGGAAUCUUCAAAUCAAGCGCCUGUUCGACAGCAAUUCGUCUUAAGCCCUUUGCAGUUGCCCGUAUGACAAAGUUUUGCCAAAAGUGAAAACAGCAACAAUAGAAAACAACUGAUUGGAAUCUCUGACUGAUAGUGCCGGAGCAUUGCUGUUGGGAGCAGGAUGCUGAUGCGCGGCGUGCAGCUCCUGCAUCGAAGACACCAGCAGAUUGGACGGGCCUUCAGGCAGUCCGCCGUGGUCUCUGGUCUCCGAAAUACCAGGAGCCAGAAUGAGGGAGACCUCUUUAGACUGCUGCCCUGGAAGCAACCUGGUGUCUUCCUCCAGAUCCGAUGCAGCUCUGGCGGAAGCGAUUCCAAAAAGAAGAAGACACCUGUGGAGGUGGCCCGCCCCGCCGAUCAAGUGGAAGUGAAACCAAAAGAGGCAAACCGGUUUAAAACUGAAAAAAAAUUAGAAGUGAAGACAACGAAGGGCAUCCUGUCCGUCAGCACCACCAUUGAGGACUCCAAGAUUAAUGAGAUUGUGUUUGAAAAAACCGAUAUGCCGUCAGUGGCCAAGCUGAAGGAGCCUGCGUUGGCCACAUCAGCCAUUAACCUGAUGGCAAAUUCCACCACGGUGGCGACCGCAGCAGUAAGCCCAACAAGUGUCUUUGGCGCGCCUGCCGAAGCGCCUGAUCCUGUUUCACCAGCAGAAGCUCUUUCUCCCGACAAGUUAUCGACUGGUGCUCUUCAAAUGCCAACAUUAGAAGGUGCAGUCCCUAUACCCGCGCUACCGCCAAAGAGAGCACGAUUCGAUUAUCGUUCCUCCCUGGAGAGAAACUUUGUGACACCUGCCCGGGCUAUUAGCGACUUUCUGCUGACUACCGGAGAUCUUGACAGCCUGCCCAAGAUCAAGCGGAGAUCGCCGUACGAGCAGGAACCACCCAUGACCGUGUACUGGCGACGCGAUGUGGAGGCCAAGGCAGUGGAGGUGUGGGGUUCCAAGGACAAUCUGUUGCGGGAGCGACUUAAGCGGGAGGUGGAGCGUAAGCAGUACCAGCAGAAUUUGUUUACGGUAAAGAGGCGGUUGCGCGACUACCGCCGGGAGAUGGGAUCCCGUACUAAAGUGAUGAUCGAUGACAGAAAAGAGUCAGAGAAGUCUGGUCAGGUGGUGGCCACUGCCAUUGCCAUAAAUGCGGCUAAUUUGCUCUUCAAGGCCGGAGGAUGGCUGUACAGCGGUUCGCACAGCAUGUUUGCUGAGGUUAUCCACUCACUGGCGGAUCUGAUCAAUCAGCUUAUUCUUGCCUUUGGCAUAUACAAGUCUUCCCAGAGCCCGGACACCGAUCAUCCAUAUGGAUACAUGAACAUGCGAUAUGUUUCCUCGCUGAUAUCCGGUGUUGGCAUCUUUUGUGUUGGCUGUGGUCUGUCCAUUUACCACGGAAUCGAGGGCAUUCUCCACCCGGAACCCAUCACAGAUCUUUUCUGGGUGUACUGCAUCCUGAUGGGGUCGCUGGUUUCGGAAGGUGCCACUCUGAUGGUGGCCAUCAAUGAGCUUAAACGGGCGGCCAAGGUGAACAAUAUGACCUUUAAGGACUAUGUAAUUUCUGGCAAGGAUCCCUGCGUGAAUGUGGUGCUCUGUGAAGACGCCGCCGCUGUUGCUGGUGUCAUUGUCGCCGGUGCUUGUAUGGGAUUGAGCAGCUAUACGGGAUCUCCCCUCUUUGAUGCCGCCGGAUCGCUUGUUAUUGGCGCUCUUCUGGGUGCUGUGGCCUCCUUUAUUAUUUACACGAAUGCUAAUGCCCUGGUGGGCAUCUCCAUUGCUUCUGAGCGCCUGGAGAAGAUCAACUCCGCUUUAGAGGCGGAUGUGAUGAUCAGAGCGAUUUACGAUGUCAAGGGUAUCGAUAUUGGCAACGCUCGAGUCCGCUACAAGGCUGAGCUCGACUUUGACGGUCGGGAGCUGACGCGUUCGUAUCUGGACAAACAGGAUCUGGCUAAGUUGCUGACGACGGUUCGGGGUUUCCAAAAGGUGGAGGAUCUGGAGACCUUUUUGCUUGACCAUGGCGAAAACAUUGUGGACCUGAUGGGAGGUGAAAUUGAUCGCAUUGAAAUGAAUCUGCGGACCCAAUUCCCGGAAAUACGUCACGUGGAUCUAGAAAUACUCUAAGAGCCCUCCGAUUGCCUGGAGGCACUGUUGAGAACAUAAAGCAUUGGGUGAUUUGGUUGCUUUCUAUUAGAAAUUAUUGCCUGUCUAGCUUAUAUUUAUUUCCCAAAUUCGUACUUUUAGAAUAUAACUAUAAGCUAAGCAUUAAAAGUGUAUUGCCGCGGGCUUGACAGGCGUGUCGGUGACCUUUUAAAGGA